CUCCAAAGUAGAGGAGUUUAACUCUUCCCUUUCUUUUUUUUUCUGAGUCAAAGAUCACAACAACACCCCUAAUCUUUUAUGGGUCAAAGGCUAAUUUCAUUUUUGAUACAAAACUACUAUUUGUCUUAGGAAAUUUUGCAUAAGGUCCAUUUGAAAAAACAAAAUAUGACGUGGGGUGAUAGCCUAAUGUAUUUCAAAUAAUUGAGAUGAGUUAAUAUAAGGAUUAGAAAGGCAGCGAUAUUGGAGAGAGAUUAACCAAACCUGUGUUAGCGAAUCUUCAUGAAACAAGAAGUGAGGUUGUCUUUCAAAGAUGGAAGAGGAGGCAUUUGAAAAACCAUUGUUGAAGAGACAGUAUCAUGAGAACUGUCCUGGUUGUAAGGUGGAUCAAGCCAAGGAGCUCAAAAAGGAUGUUUCCUUUAGAAACCUUUCUUAUAUAUGGUUGGCAGUGUUAUGUGGCACAUUGCCUGUGGCAUCACUCUUUCCCUUUGUUUAUUUCAUGGUGAAGGAUUUUAAUAUUGCAGAAACAGAGGAAGACAUAAGUACCUAUGCUGGAUAUGUGGGAUCAGCAAUGAUGCUUGGAAGGUCUUUGACGUCCAUAUUGUGGGGUAUGGUUUCUGACCGCUAUGGUAGAAAACCUGUUAUAAUUAUAGGGAUUAUCACUGUUGUCAUUUUCAACACAUUAUUUGGUCUUAGCACGAAUAUUUGGAUGGCUGUUAGCAUGAGAUUUCUUCUUGGAAGUUUAAAUGGUUUACUUGGACCAAUAAAGGCUUAUGCUACUGAAAUUUUCAGAGAGGAGGAGCAGGCUCUAGGACUCUCAACAGUGGUUGCUGCUUGGGGAGUAGGUUUAGUCAUUGGUCCUGCAUUGGGAGGUUAUUUGGCUCAGCCAGUGUUGAAAUACCCACAUAUAUUUCCAAAGGAUUCCUUUUGGGAUAGGUUUCCAUAUUUCUUGCCAUGCUUAUUAGUAUCAGCUUUUGCAUUUGCAUCAGCAAUUGCUUGCAUUUGGCUUCCAGAGACCCUUCACAACCACAAAGAUAGGAUUGAGUCCACUAAAAAUGUUGAAGCUUUGGAAGUUGGAAGCAGUGAGGCAGACAAAGACAGAAUAAUCCAAAGAGAUAAAAGCAUCUUCCGAAAUUGGCCCUUAAUGUCAUCCAUCAUUGUUUACUGUAUUUUUUCACUACAUGAUGUUGCUUACCAGGAGAUUUUCUCAUUGUGGGCUCUCAGUCCUUUAAGGUUGGGUGGUCUGAACUUUACAACUGAUGAUGUUGGCAAUGUUCUUGCAAUAUCAGGUCUUGCUAUUCUAGUCUUCCAGCUUACCCUGUACCGAUUGGUGCAAAAAGCUUGUGGACCUGUUGCUCUAGUUCGUAUAGCAGGGGUGUUAUCCAUACCUCUCUUGCAAUGUUAUCCCCUCAUGACAAUGUUAUCAGGCUUCACACUGGACAUAGUGAUCAAUAUUGCCUCCAUUCUGAAGAAUGUUUUGAUUGAGGCAAUUGCUACUAGUUUAUUCAUUCUGCAAAAUAAAGCUGUGGAACAACACCAAAGGGGGACAGCUAAUAGUAUUGCUAUGACUGGUAUGUCAGCAUUCAAAACAAUUGGUCCUGCUAGUGCCGGUGCAUUAUUAUCUUGGUCGCAAAAGCAUAUAAAUGAUUCUUUCCUGCCAGGCACCCAUAUUGUCUUCCUUGCCCUGAAUAUUGUUGAAGGACUUGGAGUACUGUUAAUGUUCAAACCAUUCUUGAGUGUAAAGAAUUAAAUACCAUCAGAGAAGUUACACUGAUAUCACUAAAUUUUGUACAAGGGGUGAAGAAUUUGUGCGUUAAUUGCGUGCAUUGGUUUUGAGAUCGUAGCCACUAUGAAUGAUGAAAUAAUUAGAGAUGAUUGUGUGUUGUACACUUGCAUCAUGUAAGUUUGGACUUUGAUUAUUGAGAUUUUAGGAUGUGUGAACUGAGUAGAGUUAGUUAAAGUUUGGACCUUUAUGUUGCAAUUUAUGUAACAGAGUUUUUUUAAUAUGUUCUUUAAAAUCUUUCAUUAAAAUUAUGUUUAUAGAA